ACAUAAACAUUAGUUUUCUUUGACGUUGACGUUUUUAAAAUAACGGCUGAUUUCUGGUUUGAAUCGAGUGUGUUUCUAUGUAAUUUUGCUACAAAAUAUUGUUGUUAUAAGAGUUUUUUCGUGUGAUGUUAAAAUAGAUGACUGGUAACCAUGGACGCAAACGAUUUCCUAGCGAAGAUCAAAGCCAAUAACAACGAAAAAGACUGGAAUGACUUAGCAAAGGUGUAUAAAGAUUACAAAUUGAUUGCAUCAAAGUUGGGAACGAAAGAUAGAGGCUCUCUCUCAUUGAACGUGCUUUGUUUAUUAUGCAGAAAUCUGGACAAGGCACCAUCAUGGAGGGACAGCAUAGACGCCAAAGAGUUGUUAACGUUGACCAUAGACUGUAUACGGGAGACCAGAGGACUCAAUAAGGCUGAACAGGUCAAAACCUUGGCCUGUAUAUAUCAUAUACAUAGAUAUGUUGUUAGGAAGAAUGCACAAAUACCACCAGAAUUAAUUCUCAAACUAUCAUUCAUGGCAUUUGAAGUGGACUCAAAGUACCUUCUGAAAGAGUAUUACAAAACAUACUGGAAUAUCAUUGCAGACCGCCUCGUUUACAUAGAAAAAUUAAAAGGAAAAGCUAUACAUAAGCUACUACCUAAACUAACUGAAGAUAUACUCAAAACUCUGGAUAUUUACGACACAGUUCAAUUCUGCACCAAUAUCCUAGUGUUUUUGGUGAAAAAAAUGCAUUUUAUGUACAGCGACAGCUACUUUGAACAACUAAACAGAUUUUAUUUGGAAAUUUUUGAGAAAAUAUCAAAGAAACCUGAUUUGGGAAGUUUUAAGAAGUUAAAAGAUAAAGAAAUGUUAGAUUUGUAUGUAAAAUUCAGUGAUUGUCUAUAUGUUAUCGCUGAGAAUUCAUCAAAGAAUCGUUUUAAGGAUUCCUGUUUAACGGUAGUUGUUCGUACAGGAUUGUCAAUACUCGGACAUAGUCCUGACAUAUUCCAUUGUCUCCAAACAUUCUAUUUAAACUCAUUCUGUGAUAUUUUUGUUAACAAAACAACCUAUACAGACACUAUUUUCAAAAACUUAGCAGUAUCUUGUGAGAUGACAGAAAAAUUGGGGUACAAAACAACCAUGGUAACUACAUAUCCCUUCAUCGGACAGUUUCUACGACUAUUCAUUGAAUAUUCAAUUAAUAAUUCAAUUAAAACCAAUUUUGUUCAGCAAAUUCAAGAACAAUGCCUUACAUUUAUGUUGAAACUAAUUGAACAAUUGAAAAACUGUGAUCAGUUAUUAAAAUGUGAAAAUUGUAAAGUAAAAUCUGGUCUACAUGAUGCUUUAAGACUAUCAUUUCUACUAAAACAUUUUAUUACCAACGCUGUUCAGAAUAAUUCUGACUUAAAUGUCUUACUGCCUUUAUAUAACUCAAUAAUUGCCAAGCAAUAUGAAACGUUGAUCAUACUAAAUAAACUUGGCUGUAUAAACUAUGAGAAAUGCUACCGCAAACUGCAAACGGAUACCCAUAACACAGCCAUACUGUUAAACAAGAACAAAAAAUAUGAAUUUUCAAUCAAUUUAUUUGAAAUUUACAUAAAAAACGAGCUAAGCAACAACCAAAUUGAAUUUGAGCGCAAAAAUGUGGCCCGAGCAUUUUAUAAUAAGAGUAUUUGUGAGUUAGAUUAUAGUAAGCAUGAAAAUGCUCUCUUAGACGCAUAUUUGAGCUUAAUAUUUGCUCGAGAAUUAAGCUCAGACAAGUAUAUGAGCUUGGUAAUGGAUAUAAAAGCUAAAGCCUUGAAAUUGGACGAGAAAAAUGAUGAGGAUGAUGAUGAGGAGAAAAAUGACGAUUUACAACUGCUGUCAGUUUUGGAUGCGGUUAGAAUUGCCGUGGAAAAGAAUUUGUAUGGAGAUUUGAAACCGUUUUUGAAUGAUGUUGAAUUCAGUGUACUUCUAAAACAUGAGUUUACCAUGUACUGCAAGUUGUGGCCUUCUAUAGUGCCCGUGGCUGGCGUGUGGCAGUCUCUACACUCCUUGCUGAUUAAUGGUUAUGAGAAGUGGAUGGCAGUGGAAAACUCAGACACAGUACUGUGGCAGUUACUAGAAGUGGUCUCUCUCACGCCGGCCGCCGUCAGGACUGUGCAUAGCGACUAUUUCAAGACUAUAGUCGACGCGUUACUGGAAACGUUGGAUAAUAUACCAGAGCCCAUUUCGUCAGACUACAGACUAGCGCAGACAAUAUUAUUGUGUCUGAAAACUGAAUACGAUAUAGCUGAAGCCAGCACUAAAUACGGAUGGAAAGUUACUGAAACUAGCAUAGACCCAGACAUAACUCAAGCCCAGCGUUCACUAUCACAAGAGCAUACAGCGCUACAGAGAGCCACACAAGCUGUGGAGAUAUGCACCGAGUUGUCAGCUGUUGUUGACACUGUAACCCACAACUCCCUGCUACUCCCCUCGCUGCAGCUGUCCCUUGUGCUGGUGCAGUUGCUGCUGCAGUGCCGCCGCGAUGCACAUGCGCUGCAGCUCGCGCAGUGCUGCUGUCACAUCGCUGCAUAUGUGGGGGACAAAGAAACCUACCUCCGCAACGCCGGCAUCCUUCUGUCCCACAUAGACAGAGCUACACCGAAGCUACAAGAUAUAUUAGCUCGAGCUAUACAGUACUAUACUGCUGUUGUACAGGAUGACGGUAGCUUGGAAACUGCUCUUGUUUUCUUGUGUGAAGCUGCUAUAUACUACAGUAAGAUAGGCUCAGUGGGUGUUGCUGCAAAGUUGGUGCAACUCGCUCAGACUAGAAUAUUGAAGGCGUACCAGAAAACUCCUGACGUCAAUUUGGAUCUAGCAGUGGGUCGCCUAUUGGAAGCACAAAGUCUACUCUGUCUCGACACGGGACUGACCACGCUGAGCGCUGUGAACAACAUACAAAGACAUUAUCUAUCUAUCAGUAAUACUGCAUCCAAGUGGCUCCCUCGUCGUCUCCGCAGUCUUACACAGAAGUACCACAUCAGUGUGGCGAGCAGCGCCGCGGUAUCCACCUGUCGAGCGCUACAGCUAUGGCGUCGUUCUCGCAGCGCAUGUGCGGUGGGCGCGCCGGCCAGCGCCGCCGUGACGCACGCGGGCCUGUACGCCGGGAUUGUUAAUGUUCAUAAGAUGGACGAUGCUCAGGUGAAAAUCGAUAACCGUCUCAAAUACAUCCUAGGCCUACCUCCGUCCACCGACCAACUUCUAACCACAACAGAACAAAAAAUACCAACUUUCGCGCCAAAACAGGACUUUGAGACUAUGUUAGAAUGUCAGACUUUCAAAUCCCAAGUCAGUCCGACUCGAAAAUACGUCUCCAUUCCCGGAUUUCAGACCGCAGAUUUCUUUAGACAUAAAUCUUGCAACUGUUUUGCGUGUAUCGAUCCGUAUUACGCCUUGAUAUCGUAUGUUACCAGUGGGCUGGAAGCAUCAAUGUAUUUCAGAGCAAAUGAAUUAGAAAUUGCCGGGAAUUAUUUCAAAGGAGUAAUAUCAACUUUUGGGUUUUUUGAUGCGAAAUUAAAAUCCGUUUUAAAGAUGUAUUCCGAUUUAGAUUUUGAGAAUUAUAUCAUAGAUUAUGUUAAAAGUAUGUUCGAACACCAAUUUAGAAGGGUUAAGCUAGAAAUUUUGAUCGAAGCGUCGUUUUUUGAGCUGAAAAAUGGCAAUUUUGAUGCGGUUGAUGAUUACAUAGUUACUAUUCAUGAGAUAGCUGAAGAUUUAAAAGUAGAUGGUUAUUUAAACAAUGAGAUCAUGAAUUUGAUGAUAGCAUCAGCUAGAGUGAGGAGUGUGGUCAAAAAGCUACAAUUUGACCUUGAAGCUGAAUUUGAAAGUCUCAAAUUAAGUCCAAAAACGAAAACGGAAGGAGAUAAAACGCCCGAAUCGAAGGGAAAACUUCCAGAAUUAUCCGCAAGAAAAGUAAAAGACGAAGAACUACCGAAAAGACGAAAAGUCAUAAAACUGAAUCUAGACGAAAACAGCUCAGACGAAAAGGAAGUCGAAAAACCAAAACCCAGAAAACCGGUAACCGAAUUCAAAAUACCGGUGCCUAUUACCGCAAAACCGGUUUUAGAAACUCUAACUCCGAGAACAACACGAAAACCGGUGAUUACUGUCACAGAUACUACCAAAACACCGAAAACCGAUACAAAUGACAAAUUAACCGAAUUUUUUACUCCUCAAUCGACUCCCGAACAGUUUUUCACACCUCUUAACACUAUAAAGACAUAUUCUAAGUCUUUAAGAAAAGGUAUAGUAAAGAAUUUAGAACAUGAGUUUUCUACGCCAAAGACGGGCUCGGAGAAGGAGAAUACCAAAGGCCUAGGGCUCCCGGCUCGGUCGGGAAGGAAGGAGGAGAAAGAUAGGGCUCUCAGAAGGGCCACGAGCCCCGGAAAGCUGACGGAUAGUAAGACCCGGCCGCGUAGGCUCAGGCAACCCAAGUUAAACGAUGAAUAGUUUUAAUAAAUGUAUUUUUAGAAGUA